AUGGCAGCGGCAAGACAAGGAUUCGGAGAUGAUUUUCUCGCUACUUAUCCGCUACACAGCCGCUACACGACGAACAAUGGUUUUAAUGAAUCUAUCUUGGAGACCCAGGUUUCUCAUUACGAGAACAUUGAAAAGCAUUUAGCAAGGCUUCCACAAUUUAAAGACUCUGCCGAAUUUUUGGACUGUUUGACACAUUUGAAUGGAAACAAUGUGGAUUUGGGUGACAUCAGCAGAUUCGAGAGCCAGUUUGUUGGAGGGGAGGAUACCUACAAAUAUGAAGUGAUCAUAGAGAACCAAAGAGGCGCAACGGUACUGGGUAUGCCUCUGUACAGUCGGGAAUCGCUUUUGUAUCCUCUGGACCCUCCCAAGUUCCAGACAUUGAAGGGACAUGCGAUUACAAGUCUCAGUCUCUACCCGUUGCCUAGUAGGAGUUGGCGUUGGAGCUGGAACAACUGGUUUAUUUUGAUGAUCCAAGAUGUGGACCAAGAGGGUUGGGUUUAUUCUAAGGUUCGUUUUGGGAGUAGCAAGUGGAAAGGGAUAGGAAGGUUUGGCAAUUUUGUUCGGAGAAGAGUUUGGGUGCGAAAAAGAGAGCUAGUUCCAGGAGUUGAUGCAAGCUUGCUCCAUCUGCCAACAACUUUGGUUCUAGAUCAUGAGCACGCACAUAACAACAGCCCAGAACUUGAGCACGAAGUAAGUCACGCAAUUCCCGAAGAAUCGACUGCUGGUAACAUUCAAUCAGGAUUAUCAGUAGUGGUAACGGCUGACUACGACAUCCAGCUGGACGACCUGUUGCUCAAGCUAGACUCUUACAAGAUCGACCGUCUCAAAGUUGAUCAGAUCAUUGACUUUUUGUUCAACGCGGACACUCAACUUUUGCAGUACUUAAUCGAGGAUCAGGAUAAAUCAGACUCGCUGCAUUUAUUACAAAGGCUGGCUGGGAAAUUGGAAUUCAAUGAAUCGAAACGCGCUUUUCUAAGCAAAUUCCAUGCGAAACUCGAAACUACCAACAACGAGGAACUGGUCCUGAUAUACAAAGUCUAUCAGAACUUGUUAUCAGAUAGCUUUUAUGGCUCUCAAAGGCGCCAGUUGUUAUCAAACUAG